GAAUUUACGUGUGUGUGUUUUGCCAGCUGAGUAGAUGUCCGUGUCUUCGUGUCCUGUGUCCUCCUGUCCUCGUGUCCUCACCACCUCACCUUAAACCUGACAGUAUAAGUACCACGAUGUCUACCGAGGAGAGACGAUUGCCUUAUGCCAGAGAGUUUGUCAGGAGUCUGACGGAGACUACCGAUGAUAGGGAGCGAGAGGUCCAGGAAUUCCUACUGGAGACGAUAUUGCUGACACUGGCGGAGGUGGAGACGCGUUUCAGGACGUAUAUGCAGAAGCUUCAUCACGUGACUGGCGACCAGAAUUUCCAGACGAUGCGCAGUGCAAUAACCCGGAUGGAAAACCAGAUCAACUCCAGAUUCCACACAAAAGACUCCUUCGCAGAAAAGAGGUCAAAGGUCAGUCAUAUCCAUAGAGAGGCUCUCAGGAACUGUUACACUUUGCUGACAAGUGACCUUGAGCUCUUCAAAUCCAGCAUCAUUGAUGACCUUCUUUCAUCUGAUGUGAUGUCUGUGUCAGACAAGGAUAGUAUCAGAGGCAAAGACACGAGGAGAGGUCAGAACGAAGAGUUCUUCGGCUACAUCGUUGGACGUCUGUCUUUUGAGGACUUCCACCGUAUCCUGCUUCCAGCCCUGAGGAAGGAUCAUCCUCAUGUGGCAGAGGCGCUGAUCUCAGAGUUGGACAGGCUGGAGGAGGAGCAUGAAGAUGAACAGUGUGUGUCCUGCAGAGCCAGGAAAUAUGUACAGCUAAAAAGGGUGGCAACUCCUUUGCUGCAACAAAAGAUCAUAGAAAUUCCUCUGUUUGGCGACCUGAAAAGUUCUGGAAUGUCUAACACCACCAAAUGGACAGAACUUAGAAAGAGGUGUCCGACAAAGACAUCAUUGCUGCCAUGGCCAAUAAGUAUCCAGACCUAUACAAGGAGUUUAUGCAGCUGGAGUGUAACACCCUGGACUGCUGUUGUCCCUCACAUGACGUUCAGGACUCAGGUGUUCCAGGAGUGCCAGAGAGUGUCUUCACUUCACAGGAGAGCGUCAGUGAAUACGAGAGCUGCUUGACAGAUUCUUUCGAGAUGGAAGAAAUUGAAAAUAUUAUGGAUGAUUUAUCGUUCCAGAACAGAAAGUUAGAGGAAGAGUACAAGAUGACAGCUGUUCCGAGGGGCAUCUGCCUCAUCAUUAACAAUAAAAGCUUCAAGAAAGGCUUCCCGACGCGUCGAGGUGGUGUGGACAUCGACGUCGACAAUCUGACCGAGUUGUUCACUAAACUCCA